AUGACACCAUGCUUAGAUCAUGACACCUACAACGACUGCAGACAGUAUACACCUUUUGAACAUCUCAUGACCAGACAUUCGAUUGUUUUGAACCUUAGUCCGUCGCAAUCACUACCGAAGCCUCCACCUACCUUCAAGACGAGUGCUUCCCACUACACCAACAAUACUGCGCUUUCCCUGGACGAGAAGGAGCAGUCCAAUAUCCCAAAAAUGCGUCCUUCAGACGUUACUAUUUAUCCCGCCAACGUCGUCGCCUCUGCCCGUGGAACUGACUCCUAUCCACGUAUGGCUAACAGCGCAACCGGUCACGUUCAGCCUAGUACUCAGCUGUACCCUCACCAACAAUAUCAGUCCCGGAUCUCUCAUCCAUCUCACAACGUGCCUUCCGUGCCGCCGCCACCACCGCCGCCUCGCCAGCCAGCUCGUGCCAUUGGAAAUGCAGUCAACGAUCUGCUCCCCUACUGCACGACCGAACCACCACUGAGCGAAGCCCAAGUCAUCGCUCUGAGUGACGUCUCGGGUAGUCUGAGGGAGCUUGUGGUACUAGCUCUGGGUGCUACUUUUGGUACAGCGGGCUGUAUGGAGAAACUGGACGGUGCAGUGGGUCGGCAGGCUGCAGCGAACAUUGCAGAGUUCUUCGCUGACGAAUGGGAGAUUGAGGGAUGA